CCCGAUUGCGUUCUUUCCCCAAUCGCUGACAGAGACUAUGCACCUUCCGUCGUCAACGUCAACGCCGGAGACGGCUGAUACAGCGUCGAAUUCCACCGUUAUAUGCCAAGAUUGCGGCAGCCAAGAUUCGUGGGUCAUACACUCUGCACGUCUCCGCGGCGUCCUCCGCUUCUUCUGCACGCACUGCCUCCUCCGCAACCAUCCGAUGUCGUUUUGCCCCACCUGCUUCGCCUUCUACGACUCUUCCCCUCCGCAUCAGUCUCGCCGCGUCUCUUGCUCAAAAUGCGGCUCCCACACUCACAUCCACUGCGCCGGCGGCGACGACGAAAGCUCCUCUCCUCCUUACCUCUGUCCUUACCUCUGUCCUCCUUGCCUGAACCCUAGUUCGUUCUCAUUCUUCCGUCCGAUCGUCGACGCCAACGGCGUUCGCUGCAUGGAUAAACCCCUCUCGGAAGCGUUCUUGUGCGCCGCCAAGAUCUCGGCUUUUUCGAUGAGCAGGGCCGUGUUUGUGGCUAAUUUGGAAGCUGAGCUGAAGGGGAGAGAGUGUGCGGUUGCGAAGAAGAGAGAGCGCGAGGCUCUUGAGGAUGUUGUAAAGCUCUACGAGAAGGCGAGGUUGGCUAUUCAGAAGCUUAGAGAAGGCUCCGUUGAGAUCUCCGGUGAUUAUCAGAAACCGAAACAGAGUGUUGCAUAGUGAUAGAGAGGUCGGGCCAAGAUAUUCAAGAAAAGUGAAUAGAUAUGAUAAAGUUGAAGCCUUUUCGUCUAAAGAAGCUUUCAAGCUGAGCAGAUUCUGAUUUAGAGUUCAAUGUAGAGUAUGCAAGUCUUUUUUUUUUUUUUUUUCAGUUUCUUGUUUGUUCGUUUACUAUGUGUAGGAAUCUUUUGAACUGUCAAGUGUUGAAUACUAACGAAGUUCUUAGUCC